UAUAUGCUUCUUUUUUCUUUAGUAGGCCUUUUAUGAAAGCGAAUGGAUAUUUAUGGAUCUAUUCUCCUGCACAUGCGAUGCGACUAGUUAAAGUUGUUCCAUGAAAAAGUUUCUUCUGCAGAAUGAGUGCAAACUUUAACUUCAUGAAUUGAAAACUAAAGCUCCAGCACAUGGUCCAUAUUAAAGGAAGGACAAUAUCUCUUUUUUGGGUUUCUCUGAAGAUCGGAUCGACUUAACUGCUUUAUUCAAAUAAUUCCAAAUUCUCUUUUGCAGUUGGCUUAUAAAGAGUUUUGUACCAUCCUUCAGCUGCAAGAGAAGCAGAUGAGCCUUUGGGAAAAUGAUAAAUCAUAGAUGUGCAUGUCCUGGCAUUCCAGAAAUACGAAGUAGAUGAAUCUAAAACGACAAGUUUCAGCUACUCAAAGAUCUGAUGUGCAUAGGAUUACCUGAAACAAAGGCAACAAUAGAUAAGAAGAUGUAUCAUCAAGGCCACAACAACGUCGUUUCUUCUAGGGAAGCAUUUCCUCCAGAGAGGCAUUUGUUACUGCAACAAUGGGGGAGCAUUCCAGACGAAUCGGGACUAGUGCUAUCGACUGAUGCAAAGCCAAGGUUGAAGUGGACACCUGAACUCCAUGAUAAAUUCAUAGAAGCAGUUAAUCAACUUGGUGGAGCAGACAAGGCAACACCAAAAGCAGUCAUGAGACUCAUGGGCAUUCCUGGACUGACACUGUAUCACCUAAAAAGCCAUCUUCAGAAGUACAGACUCGGCAAAAAUCUUCAACCUCAAGCAAACAUGGGAAGUACUAAGAGUGUUGUAGGUUGUCAGCUAGCAGCAGAAAUGACAGAUGAAGGUAAUAAUAAUAUAUCAGCCGUGACCAAUACAAAUAUUGUUCCCCAACCCAAGCCUAUUCAGAUAAAUGAAGCACUUCAAAUGCAAAUUGAGGUACAAAGACAGCUACAAGAACAACUGGAGGUUCAGAGGCAUUUACAACUCCGAAUUGAGGCGCAGGGUAAAUACUUGCAGUCUGUGCUGGAGAAGGCUAAAGAGACACUUGGGAAGCAGAAUUUGGGUGCUCCAGGACUGGAAGCUGCUAAAGUUCAACUCUGUGAACUAAUAUCCGAAGUCUCAAAUGAAUGCUUCAGCAAUGCCUUUCCAGAAAGUUGCCUUACAUCAUCUGAAGGAUCACAAAAGAAUCAAGACAUAAAUGAUCUCCACCAAGGUUUAAGAAAGUAUAAUGGCAGCUUACUGCUUCGUAGACCAAACCUGCAUGAUUACAAGCCUUUUUCCUCAUCCAGUUUAGGAGAUUACGAAAGAGCAUCUGUCUCGGUUUGUAAAUUUGAGGCGCAUCCUUUAAGUUCUAAAGCUCAAAGAGGAGGCGCUAUUUCAGAGGCAUGGCACAAGGAAAGAAGAGCUGAGGCCAUAUUUCUUGAGCAUCCACACAGCAAGAAACAUGCAGAACGGAAAAAUAGAGGAAAGGAAUCAACUGGUUUUGGAAUAGCUAGUCAUACAGCACAACUAGACCUCAAUGCCGAUGAAGAUAAUGGAGAUGGAACAGAGAGGAAAUUCGACUUGAAUGGUUUCAGUUGGGCCUAGUUUGUGACAAUGAAACUAGUUACAAAAAAGUGAAAUAUUCUAGUGUUUGGAGUCAAAAUAUCAUAAGUUGAGACUCGCCCCCAGUAACCCGACGAACACUUUCGAUUCAACUCUUCCAAAACUAACCGCCGAUUCUGAGUCUCUGAGACAUCAGCACUGGCCGCUUGGGGUGUCGGCACCGGCAACGGCCAGGCCGCAAUCUCCAUGAGCACCCACAGUAGUCAUUUUUCUUGUUUUAAGAGUUGUAUUGAUCGUUUAGCCAACAUUUUCUCUAAAUCUCGAUCGAUAUCGACUCAAGAGUUUUAUUUGAUCGACAAAUACGUUCAGCGUGAUUA